AUGAAAGGAACAUUUGACACGACGAAGCUCUACAGAACAAUCACCAACUUUGUCGGCGAUCCCGUGGAGCGAGGCCUGACAUUCUUACGACUCCAGGGUGGGCAGUUCCCUACGACCACUCAAUACGGAGAGCAGAUAGCUGAAAACUACGCUCCUCUCUUGAUUCUGGAAGCGCUAAAGGACCCGAGCCUUGUCAACCUCAAAGCCCCACCUCGGCUCUGGAACUUCUUCACUGGAGAGCCAAAAUAUACGAGCGACCUCUACCCUGAUGACUUAGACACAACUUCCCUCGGCUUGUUGAUAAUGCCCCCGGAUUUGACUGUAAUCCACUCCAUUCUGGACGAAAUGCUUGGCUUUAUCGACGAAGAUGGUGACGUGCAGGCAUACUUUGACGAAUCAAGGCCCCGUGUCGACGCAGUCAUAUCUCUGAAUGUUCUGACCCUGUUUUAUAAAUAUGGACGCGGCCAUGAGAUCCCUGGCACAAUGCAGUGGAUCUACAAAAUCCUUAUCAACCGGGCAUACAUUCAAGGCACGCGCUACUAUCCCAACGCAGAGUGGUUCCUCUACUAUUUAACCCGGCUGCUCCGUGCGUCAAGUGAUCCGACCCUUAAAGAGAUCAUCGAAGCUCCUCUCCGCGUACGUGUGGCUGAGAGAGUUGGGGCUAACGGCGACGCCUAUUGUCUUGCAAUGCGGGUAUUGGCGUGCGAUUACCUUGGGAUUGCCAACUUUGCCGAUCGACAGAAGCUCGUUGACACACAACAGGAAGAUGGUGGCUGGGAAGCUUCCUGCAUGUAUUUGUUUCCUGGGGCUAAAAGGGAAGUUGGAAACAGAGGGGCCAGCACAGCGUUUGCUGUCAAGGCCCUUGAGAACUGGUCCAGGUGGUGA